GCUCGACGCCCGACGGCAGAAGGCGCGGGAUCCCGCGGAGUGGCCCGAGGUCUCCCGCCACAGACUUCACGCAGCAGGCGGGGGAGAGCAGAGCCCAGGGGUCUCCCUGGAACUGUGCGCCGGACCGGCUGGACGCCCUCGGGACGGGCGACGUUUCUUCCAGGUAUGGAUCAGUUGGGACAGAUCAUCUCCUUAGCCAAGCUGAUCUACAACCAGUGUGAAAAAAUGGAGUCCUGCCAGCAAGAAUCACAACGUCUAAAGGGACAUGGUCACACUCUGCUGCAGCUUCUGGAAGAGCUCAAGGCCCAAGAAAAGGGGAACCUGCCUGACAGUCUCACCAGUGUCCUGACCCGUUUCCACACUGCCCUCAAGGAAACUGAAAGGCAGAUAGAAAAGUUCAACAAGAAGUCUGAUUUCCAUAAGUUUCUAAAAGCAGGACAGCACAAAACACUCUUAAAUGAAGUGAACCAGAGGGUGAAGGAUGCCUAUGAUGAGCUCCAGUUGGUACUUCAGACAGAGCAACUGAAGCGUAUUUCAAGCAUCAGCCAAGGAAUAUCCUCGCAGCAGGUUGAUCAGCAGGAUGCAGAGGACAGCAGAAGUGGCUUAAAGAAAACCACGAGGGAGACCCCGCAACAUCAAAUCAAGGAGAUUAAGAAAGAGGAGAUUACAGGACACAAAUGGAUCUCAAUAAGGGAAAACGAAUUCAGCACACUUUAUCAAGGAAAAUACUAUGAAUCUCCAGUGGCCAUAAAAGUAUUCCACAAACCCAAAGACACAAACAUUGGAGUGGUGAGAGAGACUUUCAACAACGAGAUCAGAACCAUGAAGAAAUUCGAUUCUCCCAACAUCCUGCGUAUAUUUGGGAUUUGCAUUGAUGAAACAGUGACUCCACCGCAAUUCUCCAUUGUCAUGGAGUACUGUGAGCUUGGGACCCUCAGGGAACUGCUGGAUAAGGAAAAGCACCUCCCCUUCAGUAAGCGCUUCUUCAUGGCCCUGGGGGCAGCCAGAGGCUUGAACAGGCUGCACCAUUCAGAAGCUCCUGAACUUCACAGAAACAUCAGCAGCACGAACUUCCUGGUGGCUGACGGCUACCACGUGAAGCUUGCAGGAUUUGAGUUGAGCAAAACACAGACCUCCAUCAGUCGAGAAACUAAGAACAAGAAAGCACAGAGAGUCCGUUCCACAGCGUACACCUCACCCCAGCGGCUGGAAAAUGUGUACAAUAAAUAUGACAUAAAAGCGGAAAUAUACAGCUUUGGCAUCAUCCUCUGGGAAAUCGUUACUGGGAAGAUCCCAUUUGAAGACUGUGACUCUAAGAAGAUCUACCAGCUGGUGGCUGUGGAGCGGCACCAGGAACCACUCGAUGAAGAGUGCCCUUCAGAGCUGCAGAAGAUCAUUAAAAGCUGUCAGGCAUAUGAGCCCUCAGAGCGGCCCUCUAUUCAAGAAGUCUUACAGAAAAUGUCUUCCCUUUGCCCAGAAAAGUGUUGAAAACAAAACUGGAAGAAGCUGGAAGAGGCAGAGCUGGGCAUCUGUCUCUGCUAGAGUGGAGUUUCUGCAGAGAGGCAGAACCACUGUGUUACAGAGAGAAAACAAUUUGAGACAUAACAGUGCACACCCUAUUCCCAAAGAUAUUUCUAGAGACACACCUCGCAUAGUAAGGAGGCUGAUGUUUUACCAGACCAUCUCUCUAUAUUCAUACCUGUUGGCAAUGUGACUUUGCAGAUCUCCUCCCAUCAAGCAAUGAAUCAGGUUCCCUACCAUUGGGAUCUGGGCUGACACUGUGCCUUGCUGAUCAAUAGAAUGUAGAAAUGAAGAUGUGCUAGUUUCAAGCCGAGGCUUUAAGAGAUCUUAUAAAUCCACUCCAUGGGCCUCCAGAGGUUAAAGUCUCAGCACUGUGAGGCUAUCUGCACACUGCAACACGAAUU